AAAAAAUAAGGUUCACCGUUUCACUUUAGACUUAUGGGUAAUGAAGGUGAUUGUUCUAGGUGUUAUUAUCUCGGCAAAUUCUAAUACUAACUAAAUUAUCACGUUUUUCAUUUUCUAAAAAAAUGUUGCUAAAAUCUUGCCUCUCUGUAGUCUAAAGCUCACUCCAACUACGCAGAACUAGGACUCAAGAAAUGAAUAAGUCACUGGUUUUGAUGACCAAAGUUGAAAUUGAACUUAACAAAACUUCCCAAAGACUGACCUAUGUAAGGCGGGCUUGUGGAAUUUUAGCUUCAUCAUGGGUUCUCUUGUUGUUGUGUCUGGUGGUUUCUCGUUCGAAAAUUGUUACAGGAAUAAACUCAUCGAACAGAAAGGCUUCGAAUUGCCUAAAGCCGUAAAGACUGGAACAACAAUAUGUGGUGUCGUUUUCAAAAAUGGAGUAGUUCUAGGUGCAGAUACGCGGGCAACAGAAGGUACUGUAGUUGCUGAGAAGAACUGCUCAAAAAUUCAUCGCAUUUCCGAAAAUAUAUAUUGCUGUGGUGCUGGGACUGCAGCCGACACCCAAAUGGUUACACUGAUGAUUUCUUCACAAGUCGAACUCCACAGUUUGAAUACGGGCAGAACUCCUCGUGUUAUCGCUCCACUUCGUCUCCUUAAACGCUAUCUCUAUCAGUACCAGGGUUAUGUUGGUGCUGCACUCGUAUUAGGUGGUGUAGACUCAACAGGCCCUCAUUUGUAUAGUAUUGCGCCUCAUGGAUCAACGGAUAAAUUACCGUACAUCACUAUGGGUAGUGGGAGUCUCGCGUGUAUGUCUGUACUUGAAUCAAGAUUUAAAUUUGAUAUGGAAGUAAGUUCCUUUGUCUGUGUUUGCGAUUUGAAUGUGUCCCAGUUUGAAUACCUCUUUCUAAUCCUACUUCUGUCAUGAGAGAGCGUUACCACAGAUGUUAGUUGUCUGAAACAAACCUCACUAUUGCGAAUGGUCCGCAACUAAACAACAGACCUUUUCAAGGUAAUAGCUACUGUUGAGAAUAUGUGACGUAGUUGAAAGCCAAAUAUUUUAGUCAUUAAAGGACUCAUUCGUGGAUGGAUUCUUACGUACCUGUCAAUGGAAUUACAGGAAGUUCAAACUUUUAUGCACGAAUAAUCGAGUUUUUCCUAAUCUUACUGACAUACUAUAACGCAAGGCUCUUAAAAAAUGAUCAUCAAGUCUAAUCUGAGGAUUUAAUGGUUAUGCGUAUGUUAACUGUUAUUAUCCUCAUAAGUAACAAGUUCUUAAAUUUCAAUGAAAUCAUGAACUAAUCAAUGUUAGACCACUGAAAACCUGGAAGCACUGGACGACCGUUCUAUUCUAGUAUGGGACUUAGCAGCAUGCAUCCACGAUCCCUUACGCAGGAUUCGAGCCCGACACCGGUCUCGUGCAGACGCUUAAUCUUUAGGUGACUUGACCCACACCCAACCGUGUUAAUGGCUUAGUGGACUGAAGAUUAGGUGUCUGCGUAACCAGUCUCCGGUUCAAACGCCGCUCAAGGGGUCGUGGAUGCGCGCUACGAAUGUCCGGCGCCCUAACCCCUAUUGGUUCUUAGUCUACUCCCGAUCCAGUAUUCCCAUACAGAAGACUUAGUAAGCAAACAUCUUUUUUAUUGUAUAGCAGUUCAUCCCAAUCCAAACACCAGCUUAUGUACAUGAAUUUAUGUCUUGGACACAAGCCAUAAGCGCCAAAAAACGGAACAAAAGGUAAAUAAUAGCAAUGGAUAAAGAACAAUAAAGCCUAUAAUAUAGGAGAUGUAAAAAUAUGAUCUAAUUAUGUAACAAUUAGACAAGGAAAAUAUAAACAAUAAUAGUAUGUAAAGUAAUCUUAACUUCCUCAAUACUCUUCGCUACUAUCCUUCCAUACACGCCUUCCUUGAGAUUCAUUGGCAAUCGGCUUUAUUUUUCAACACAUCAAGAGCCUAGCUUGAGUUCCUAAUGACUACCUGUAACAAUCACGUUUAAAUGCAAGUGUAACCACUGGUUCAUUUUGAAAUGAUCUAUAUGAUUAUUGUGUGUAGAAUUGCCAUGGGAGUAAGUUAGUUGAGUACAUUAGCUACUUUACUCAUCUUGGAAGUCAUAUCAACCCUUGUGGGAUAGUGAUUGACCAGAUUUCGACACAUCCGAAGAGCUCUCUUGCUUUUUACCUACUCUCAUCAUUCAUGAUGCUAGCAUGAUUUCUGUCUGCCAACAAGCUGGCGUGUAUACUGCCCAGAAGCUCGCUUGGUAUUACUGUGAAAUAUGGUCUGUGAAAGCAAAAGAUAUGGGUAGACUGUAGGUUUUUCACCAAAAAUGUUUUCAAGGCAAUGCUAAAGUUAGACAUAAAGUACGAAGCAAAGAUAGCAAAUCUUAUGAGGUCAUGAGUCUUCAUCAACUAAAGUUGUUGAAACAUGUAUUAUCUAUCCCCAACUACCAUCCACCUCACACAGUGUUAGCUGGCAUAGCACUAAUUUGGAAAAAAGCCCAUAAAGUCACCGACUAUUGGACUGAGUCAUUUUGGUAGGUGAAGAUUAUCUGAUUGGGAUCUGGGAGAUUAUCUCAAACGAUAGUUAGAAACGUGAGGUCACACUUUUUAUUCCUCAACUUCAUCCUUCCUCGAAUCAUAUAAUCUCUGGCUAAUGUUUCGUACCACCAUUGAUACUAUCCCUACUAUGGAAUUUGUCUUGAUUAUCUCAUCUCCGUGUCUAUAUGGUGUGCAAAUUAAAGCCAUUCCACAUAUUUCCAAGGUUCUAUGUUGCUUAUGGUUAUUUGACUAAUUAGUUCACUGAUUACUAAACUAAGCACAUUAACUUUAUAAAUAAUAACUCUUCUUUACAAUAUUUUAUCACUGUCAAAUAUUCAUCAUCUAUCCAGUAAUUGUCAGUGUUUUCGUUAUUUUAUGUCUCAAGAAUAAUUCAAAUAAUUAAGUGUAAUACGACUGCACAUAUUUCCGACUUUCAGCAAGAUGAAGCCGUAAAAUUGGUACGUGAUGGAAUAGCAGCUGGAAUAUUCAAUGAUAUGGGGUCUGGCAGUAAUGUCGAUAUAUGUAUUAUUACUAAAGAUGGAACAACUUAUAUACGAUCAUAUGACGAAGCUAAUGUCAAAGGCAAGAGAGCAGAAAAGUAUAAUCCUCCAGAAGGUACUACUUCUGUUCUCCACAAAAGUGUUCAUCAUGUUGAGUUCGAUGUGGUCACAACACGUGUUGUUCGAGAUAUACCUGCUCAUAGUGUUGAGACAAUGGAUCUUUCUUAAGUGUAUUUUAAAUUUUCUCGAAUGAAUUGUGAUUCCUAUGUUGUUUUCUUUAUCGGUUUUUCAAAUAAAUUCACCGUAAAGACUUUCCUUUUUGUUAUCGAAAUGUUUUAACACAGUACAAUAUCCCUAUUCUGUUUAUUAUGAAUUACUAAUAUGUAAUCAACACCAUUCAAAUUCAUUCUAUAGUAAAGUCAUUGAAUAAAAAUACAAAUAUAUAACAAUGAUUUAGUAUUUAUUAAGUAAACGUCAAUAAUUCCACUAGUUCUAGUACUCCAUAUAGAUUAGUUAAUUUUGCAGCUGAUAGCGAUUCGGUUAGCUGGCCAGUUUAUUGACUCGCCUUUAAUUGUUUCAGAAGAUCGAUAAUUCAGGACGUAGUAACUGUUUUAUUAUUAUUAUUAUUGACUAGUUUUGAUACGUUAUCAUUCGUCUUCCACCACCAGGUACUCAUUAACAUGGAAUUCAACACCCAUUAGGUUAUAUAAGCCAUGAAGUGUUGAUUUCUCCAACUUCAAGCAUCUUGACUUAAAGUUCAUCGGGUCUGUAUAUGGAGGUUAAUUAUUUGGUUACACGCACUCGG